CAAAGCAUGGCAUCACUUGUGAAGGAGGAUGCAGAACGAGCCAGGAACGAGAUGCGACCCCGCAGAUCGAGGACUGUCGUCAAGUGGUGAAGAAAAUAUAAUAAGAAUGAUGGAUCACCAGUCUCGAAGGCUUCAUCGACAACGAUCCUUCUCAAUCAAACAAUCUUCCAAGGACCUCUCUCGCCAUGCGUCUCACGUCUCUCAUCAUCAGCGGUCUGUUGACAGUCGCUUCCGCUCAUCCACUCUACACAGUCGUCAAGCGUGACGCAGCAAGCAUAGUCGCCGCACUCAAGAACGUCCAGACCAAUGUCCAAACCUUGAACGCAACAGUCAACACCUUCAACAAAGGCGACCUCGACGGCCUCAUCAAAGUCCUAAAAAUUCAAAAGCAAACCUCCGCAGUCGGCGACUCCGUCGUAACCGCCGCCUCCACAGCCCAACAAUCCGAAGUCCUCAACGAAGCCGACACGCAAAAAGUCGCCGAAGGCGUCCUCGCACUCAAAGCAGACCUCGAUACCUUUCUCCCCAACCUCUCCAGCAAAAAACCAGCUUUCGAUAGCGUCGCGUUUCUCUUCUCUGUUAGCAAGACAGUUGCGCAAUCGCUUCAGACACAAAAGCAACAGAGCGCGAAUUUGGGAGAUGCGAUUACGGCGAAAUUGACGGGACCGUUGGCGGGGUUUGCGCCGCUGAUUAAUGCGCAGAUUGCGGAGCAGUUUGAUAAGGCUAUUGCUGUGUUUCAGCAACAAGGGGGAUUGAUUCCGCUGCCGCCGAUCCCGUCGUUUGGUUGAUUGUGAGGAGGAGAUGGGAGAUAGAGUUGAUGAGUGAUGGGGAUGAGGUAUGAUAGGGACUAGAGAAAUUCGACAGAAAAUAUAUCAUGUAUGACUACUGGACUACUUGACUGCCUCGGCAGCUUGCAAUGUGGUCUUCUGAUACUCCCGCC